AUGAAAUUGAUUGUCUUCUUUGCUCUUUUCUCGCUGGCUGCUGCUCAAUUCGGAGGAUAUGGACGUGGUCGUGGAGGUCCGGGUGGUCAAGGAGGUCCAGGAGGAUUCGAAAGAGGACCAGGCGGAUUUGAAGGAAACACUCAAGGAAACGAGUUGACGUAUGAAGCAAAAGGAAGAUUGAUUUGUGGAUUGACAGGAGUCGAUAAGGUUCGUGUUGUUCUCUGGGAUCGUUUCCGUGGAAGAGAGAACAUUGUUUACGAUGAAACAUACACUGAUGUCGUUGGAAACUUCCGUCUUCGUGCCACUCGUAAUGGAUUUGAUGGAAAUUUGAUUCAGCCAUUCCUCACGAUUUAUCAUGAUUGCGAUGAUGCGGCGACUCCAGGACUUCGUAAAAUGACAGUUCAACUGCCACCUCAAUACACGAAUCAAGGAUCUUUGGUUCUGAAGUCAUUCGAUGUUGGAACAUGGAAUCUGGAGACUUCUUUUGCUGGAGAAGAGUUGGAAAUCCAAGGUGGAGGACUCGGUGGACGUCCAAUUGGAGGUGCUUUCCAAGAAGGAAACAGAGGGCAAUUCGGAGGAAAUAGAGAAAUUUACGCUCAUGGAGGGCGUACCGACUUCGGAGAAUCUUCCAUCACUGUUUAA